CCUGGGCAUAAGGACAUCAGUGGAGCCCUGCUGGACCGGAGUAGCAGUCCACCUCCGUGCCUGGGCCGUGGCGGGCAGCCCCAUGCCUUGGGAAGGCCUAUGAGCAGGGUGUGCAAGGAACAGCCCUCUUUCACGGAUGGCUUCUCCCUCCCUCUAUUCCCAGCAUCCAGGCUGUGCGUGCUGUUGCUGAUGCAACUGAAAUGGCAUCACCCGCACACAAGAGGGAGGUGGAGCACUGGCCUGGAGGGUUUGCAGAAGGGGUACAAGGAAUCUAUGGAGAGGGGGAUUCUAAGGGGUGGGUGAGAAAAGACUCCAAGCAGCUCAAAGAGGACUCAGCUUGCUCAAUGGGCACAAAAUGCACUGCCUAACCGAGAGAGGAAAGAAAACAGAAAACCAGGUUGGGGAAGGGAUGGAAUGGAGUAUCCUGAAGGAGGGCACUGGACAAGGACAUUCUAAUAGGGCAACAUUUUGUUGCAGGUCUCGUAUGUCAGGCAUUUUAGUUAUUCGGUUUCUGUUUUAAAUCUGGUAUUGUAUUUUAGGUCUUUGCACCGGGCUGGAUUCUGUUUGAUUUUGAUUUUUAAAAAGUAGUUUUAAACUUUUGAUUUUUAUAUUGUAUUUUAUUGUCUUGUAUUUUAUGGUUUUAAUUGAUGUGAACCACCCGGAGAGCUUUGGCUAUUGGACGGUAUACAAACAUACUAAAUGAAUAACUAAUAAGAGCCCUGGUGGAUCAGGCCCAAAGGGCCUUCCAUUCCAGCGUCCUGUUUCCCACAAGCCCCCAAGCAGGGCCGAAAUGCAAUGUUGCUCAUUGCUUUAUUGAUUAAGAAUCUCUUCCUUCACCCUUUCCUCUGCAGACACCAGAGGAAAAUUAUUCCAAUUAUACAAAAAUAGAACCAAGAACCAAUACGAAACAAUAAAAAUAAUAAAACAUCCAAGAUGAAGGGCUGUCCUGGGAGAUUCAACGGCACUAUGUUUGAGGUGACAAUCCGGUUUUUGGAUGCAGCGGGUGCAACUAGAUAUUGUAGAUCCUGGACUUGGGCACGACCCAAAGCGUGUUUAGGCAGACGAAAGACCUCCAACUCCCAGCACCCCCAGCCAGCCAUUUCUGCACCCCAAAAAUGCCAAUAGCCCCCCCUCCCCUUCAUCUCCUUUCUACUCCAGUAUCUGGUAUUUCAAAUACCUCUGAACACAGGGACUGGGGGGUGUCAUUUCUUCUUUUUUAUUGUUACAAAAACAUUUGUAUCCCACCUUUCCUCCUGGGAGAGCUCAAAGCAGAUUUUUUAAAAACACAUACACAUAACAACUAACAUCAUCCUUUAGUAAUUAAAAAAAAAUUCAACAUUAAAUCACACACCCACAAAAGCAGAAGAUUAAACCUGACGUGGCCCAAAUCACAAUAGAGACGCUUUCUAUGUUCCAACACACUUUUAUUUUUGAUGGAAAGGGAUUUACGUUGCAACAGAGAGCUCACCUUAGCCAAGGUGCAAACUCUGCCCAAUGCUGGGUGUGGUUAGCUUUCAUUAGCAAGUUUUGGUCAUGUACACAUGAAAUAUCUGAGCAUGCACAGAAUACUUUGUUGAUCCAACAGGAGAUUCUAGCCGACCACAGGUUUCCUGCAGUUUCUGUGGUUAGGCUAGCUCUUUCCUGUCUGUCCUGCAAGAGGAACUUGUCCAACAGUCAGCCGCUUCAAAGUUCACCCAGAGUGAGUUUUGUUUCUACACUGGCCACAAGAUUUCCACGUGAACAGUUCAACUCCAGUCCCAACGUGGCUUCCCUUAUGCCAAGGUAUGCCUAUGGCUACCACAAACUAAAACAGCAAACUAUUUAAAAUAUAUUUUUAAAGUUGCUCACCCCCACUCUGGCACCCUCUGAAUGUGUUGGAUGAUUUCCAAGCAGCCUGGCCAUUGGGGAUGAUGGGAUCUGUAGUACAUCAUAUCCAGAGGGUGGCAGGUUGAGGAAGGCUACCCUGGGCCAUCUCCCUAGUUAAAAUGCAAGGAAGGCAACAUGUAUUUCAGCCCUAAGGAAACGCACACAAAUGUAUGGCACAAUGGCACAGGCAUCAUCGGGUCCUGCAUCUCGUAAAGGUGGAUUGGGACCUGCGAGGGUCCGUUCCUUGCAGUGAUGGCAACGGAUGACGCAGGUGCUGCUGCUGCUUUCUUCUCCCUGUCACUUUUGCCAGAUCCUCCCCAAGGGUGCUGGCCGUGGAUUUUCCAUAGGGUGGUCACAGCCUUGGUGUUCCUCCUCACCAUGCUCCUGUUCCCCAUCUCUGGCUGGUUUGUUCUAAAGGUCGUUCCGGCUUACGAGCGAAUGAUUGUGUUCCGUUUGGGUCGGAUCCGAGCCCCACAAGGGCCAGGGGUGGUUUUGCUGCUGCCUUUCAUUGACCACUGGCAAUUGGUGGACCUGAGGACCCAGGCCUUCAGCAUCCCACCAUGUAAGCUCAUGUCCAGAGAUAGAGUGCUGGUAUCUGUCGGGGCAGACGUCCAGUUCCAAAUUUGGGAUCCGGCGCUUUCCGUCAUGAGGGUGAAAGAUCUCAACGUGGCCACGCGGAUGACUGCGCAGAACGUCUUGACCAAGCUCUUGCUCAAGAAGUACCUGCGGGAGAUUCAGACGGAGAAGCUGCGGAUCGGGGACCAGCUCCUGCUGGAAAUCAAUGACACCACCAGGUCCUGGGGCCUCGAGGUGGACCGGGUGGAACUGAUCUUGGAGAGUGCGUUGCAGACCCCCCAAGAGAACACCGCACGGCUGCCGAACUCGAUGCCCCCAAUCCCUGGCCUGGAGGGACUGGAUGGCACCUUCCAGCAGCUGGCCUUUCACUUCUUCGGCAAGACCCUUGCAGCCGCGGCCACCGAUCCAAAUGGGGGCUUUGAGGCAGCCACACAGGUGGAGGUGGUGAACGAAGUGGAGCCGCCAGCCCUUGCCCCUGAGGUCCGGCUGAGCAGCAGCAAUGCAAGGAGGACGCUAGAGGCCCAGGAGGUCCUGCUGACGGUGGAGAGGUUCCUGUCUGAAGCCUUGGUGAAGCAGGUCGGAGCUUGCUACCAGGUCAACAUCCUCCUGCCCAGGGGCGGCCAGAGCCCUUAUUUCAUUGAUCUCUCUGUAGGCAGUGGGAGAGCAGGUCCCGGGCUACCGGACCGCAGUCCCGACGUGGUGUUGGAAAUGGCCGAGAGUGACCUGGAGGCCUUUGUCUUGGGCGAACUCCACCCUCUGAGUGCCUACAUCAGUGGGCGGCUGCAGGUGCGAGGGGAUCUGAACGUGGCCCUGAAGCUGGAAGAGCUCUUGAAGGUGAUGAAACAGCGAAGGUGACCGAACUCUGGAUGCUGCAGCCGGGCUGCUGGCUCCAGUUGUAGGGAGCCCAUCACUCCCACCUUAUAGGCACCACAAUGUCUCUCUGUUCGUUUUCUCGGCCCAAUUCCAAGUGACCCAAGCAACCCUAAAAGGUUUGGGACCAGGCGGCCAUCGCCAACGUGAUUCUGCCCAGGUGAUGCCAUCUUCCAGAGAGGCCCUGCUCUCAGUCCCACCGCUAUCUGAGGCAUGUUUAGUGGGGACAGGAGAAAGGGCCUUCUCGGUGACUGCACCCCAACUGUGAAACACCCUCCCCAGAGAGAUGAAGGCUUCUUUUAUUGAGGCAGGUCUCAGGCCCGUUGAGUUGAUUUUUUUAAAAUGUAUGUUUCGUCUUUAAUAUGCUUUACAGCACAGUCCUAUAAAUGUCUACCUAACAGUAAGCCCCAUUGAGCUCAGUGGUGCAGCUAGAGUUGGGCCUUGGGGCCAGGGAUCAAGGCCAUGCAGUCCAAGGGAGGGGGGUGUCAAAGAACUACCAGAGAGUGGCAGGUGAUGUGGGCAGCAGGAGCAAAUUCUUGUAGUUGUGAUGCUGCUACAAUUUGAGUUUAAAAUGCCAAAGUGCAGGUGCUUCGAGCAUAUAUAUAUUUUUACCAGGGUUGGCAUAUUGUGUUUUGUUUUUAACAUAUCAGGAGUAUAGAAGCAGUUGUAAAGCACGGAAUGGUGGUGGAGGAUGAGGGCUGGCUGGGGAAGAGACUGUUGGCUGUGUGCACAUGGCUGUCUUUAGGACCCCCCCCCCUUAAGCCAUUAAGUGGGGGGUCUAGAACGAUCUAGCUGUGCCUUGUGCUCAAUGGGACUUUACUCCCAGUAAGUGCCUAUAGGGUCGCAGCCCUAGUGGUGGUGUCUUCUAUUAGUUUCAUCUGUGCCUUGUUUUUAUCUCUAAAGACUUGUUCGUAUUACAAUCAUCACUGUUGUCCACCUUGGUUGCUACAUGCCUAGAGGCAGGAUCUGCGAUGAAAUGAAGUAGAUGAAGAAGCACA